AUGCCUACCCGAGUGUGUUGCUGCUGUUCUGCUUUGCGUCCUCGCUACAAACGCCUGGUGGACAACAUAUUCCCUGAAGACCCAAAGGAUGGCCUUGUUAAAGCUGAUAUGGAAAAACUGACAUUUUAUGCAGUGUCUGCUCCAGAGAAACUGGAUCGAAUUGGUUCUUACCUGGCAGAAAGGUUGAGCAGGGAUGUUGUCAGACAUCGUUCUGGGUAUGUCUUAAUUGCUAUGGAGGCAUUGGACCAACUUCUCAUGGCUUGCCAUUCUCAAAGCAUCAAGCCAUUUGUAGAAAGCUUUCUUCAUAUGGUAGCAAAGCUGCUGGAAUCAGGGGAACCAAAGCUUCAAGUUCUUGGAACAAACUCUUUUGUCAAAUUUGCAAAUAUUGAAGAAGACACUCCAUCCUAUCACAGACGUUAUGACUUCUUUGUAUCUCGCUUCAGUGCCAUGUGUCAUUCCUGCCAUAGUGAUCAAGAAGUACGAACGGAAAUUCGAAUUGCUGGAAUCAGGGGUAUUCAAGGUGUGGUUCGCAAAACAGUUAAUGAUGAACUUCGGGCUACCAUUUGGGAACCCCAGCACAUGGAUAAGAUUGUUCCAUCCUUGCUGUUCAACAUGCAGAAGACAGAGGAGGUGGACAGUCGCAUAGGCCCUCCUUCUUCUCCCUCAGCAGCUGACAAAGAGGAGAAUCCUGCCGUGCUGGCUGAAAACUGUCUCAGAGAGCUGCUAGGCCGAGCGACUUUUGGGAAUAUGAAUAAUGCUGUUAGGCCGGUUUUUGCGCAUUUAGAUCAUCACAAACUGUGGGAUCCCAAUGAAUUUGCAGUUCACUGUUUUAAAAUUAUAAUGUAUUCCAUUCAGGCUCAGUAUUCUCACCAUGUGAUUCAGGAGAUUCUAGGGCACCUUGAUGCUCGUAAAAAAGAUUCUCCACGGGUUCGAGCAGGUAUUAUUCAGGUUCUGUUAGAGGCUGUCGCCAUUGCUGCCAAAGGUUCCAUAGGCCCCACGGUGCUGGAGGUCUUCAACACACUGCUCAAGCACCUGCGCCUCAGUGUGGAGUUCGAAGCCAACGACGUCCAGGGGGGGUCCAUGGGCAGCAUCAGCUUAAACUCGGCCUCCAAGGACAACGACGAGAAGAUUGUGCAGAAUGCCAUCAUCCAGACGAUAGGAUUCUUUGGAAGUAACCUACCAGAUUAUCAGCGGUCAGAAAUCAUGAUGUUCAUUAUGGGGAAGGUACCAGUUUUUGGAACAUCCACUCAUACUUUGGACGUCAGUCAACUAGGGGAUUUGGGAACCAGGCGGAUUCAGAUAAUGUUGCUGAGAUCCUUGCUUAUGGUCACCUCUGGGUACAAAGCCAAGACCAUUGUUACUGCACUACCUGGGUCUUUUCUGGAUCCUCUGUUGUCACCAUCCCUCAUGGAGGACUAUGAAUUGAGACAGUUAGUCUUGGAAGUAAUGCAUAACCUCAUGGAUCGCCAUGACAACAGGGCAAAGCUUCGAGGGAUCAGAAUAAUACCUGAUGUAGCUGACCUAAAGAUCAAAAGAGAAAAAAUCUGUAGGCAAGACGCAAGUUUCAUGAAAAAGAAUGGGCAGCAACUAUAUCGGCACAUAUAUCUGGGCUGUAAAGAGGAAGACAAUGUUCAGAAAAACUAUGAGUUACUUUAUACUUCUCUUGCUCUUAUGACAAUUGAAUUGGCGAAUGAAGAAGUGGUUAUUGAUCUCAUUCGCUUGGCCAUUGCUUUACAGGACAGCGCCAUCCUCAACGAGGACAGCCUGCCCAUGUUCCACCGCUGCGGCAUCAUGGCGCUGGUGGCCGCCUACCUCAACUUCGUCAGCCAGAUGAUCGCCGUCCCCGCCUUCUGCCAGCACGUUACCAAGGUUAUUGAAACUCGAACGAUGGAAGCCCCUUAUUUUCUGCCAGAGCAUGUGUUCAGAGAUAAGUGCACGCUCCCAAAAUCUUUGGAGAAGCAUGACAAAAAUCUGUACUUUUUGACCAACAAGAUUGCGGAGUCCCUGGGUGGCAGUGGCUAUAGCGUUGAGAGGUUGUCAGUGCCGUACGUACCGCAAGUCACAGAUGAAGAUCGACUUUCCAGAAGAAAAAGUAUCGUGGACACCGUAUCCAUUCAGGUGGAUAUUCUGCCCGGCAGCCUCCCUUCUGACGAUGUGGUUAGUAACACUGAAGAAAUUACCUUUGAAGCAUUAAAGAAAGCAAUUGAUACCAAUGGAAUGGAGGAACAGGAAAAGGAGAAGAGGCGUCUGGUGAUAGAGAAGUUCCAGAAAGCACCUUUUGAAGAAAUAGCAGCACAGUGUGAAUCCAAAGCUAAUUUGCUUCAUGAUAGACUUGCUCAAAUACUGGAACUCACCAUACGUCCUCCUCCCAGCCCAUCGGGAACACUGACCAUUACUUCUGGGCAUGCCCAGUACCAGUCUGUCCCCGUCUAUGAGAUGAAGUUUCCUGACCUAUGUGUGUACUGA